AUGGGUCGGUGCGAGGACUGGAACCCGGGCUCUGAGGGAUGGAGAGCUGUGGUGCGCAUGGACGAGCGCAGGGAAGAGCAAAUCGUGCAGCUGCUGAACGCUGUGCAGACUAAAAACGACAAAGAGCAAGAAGCCAUGUCCUGGUGGUCCGGGGAUGAAGAAGGCUCUGCUCCAGAACAGCCUCCCAAAGCGAAACCAGAUGCUGAAAAAGCUCCUGUAAGACAGAGACCAACCUGUGAAAAAACAUCCCUGGAUUUGGAUGUGGAAUAUCUCUGUGAAAAAACCGAGCAGGAUGCUGAUUUAGAUGAACAACUUAAAGAAGACUUAAUGAAGAAGAGAUCUGAUCCCAGAUAUAUUGAAAUGCAGAGAUUCCGAGAGAAGCUGCCCUCGUACAAGAUGAGAGAGGAGCUGGUGAAGCUGAUCAACACGCACCGGGUGACGGUGAUCAGCGGCGAGACGGGCUGCGGCAAGACCACGCAGGUGACACAGUUCAUCCUGGACGAUCACAUCGAGCGCGGGCUGGGCUCCACCUGCAGGAUCGUGUGCACGCAGCCCCGCCGCAUCAGCGCCAUCUCGGUGGCUGAGAGAGUGGCUGCUGAGAGGGCAGAGGCCUGUGGCAAUGGCAGGAGCACGGGCUACCAGAUCCGCCUGCAGAGUCGGUUGCCAAGGAAACAAGGUUCAAUUCUGUACUGUACCACGGGAAUUGUCCUGCAGUGGCUCCAGUCAGAUAAGCACUUGUCCAGCAUCAGUCAUGUAGUUCUUGAUGAAAUCCACGAAAGAAAUCUUCAAUCAGAUGUUUUAAUGAGCAUUAUUAAAGACCUUCUGAAUGUUCGACUGGAUCUGAAAGUCAUACUGAUGAGUGCUACUUUAAAUGCAGAGAAGUUUUCUGAGUACUUUGACCAUUGCCCAAUGAUUCACAUCCCUGGAUUCACUUUCCCAGUGGUGGAAUAUCUGCUCGAAGAUGUCAUUGAGAAGUUGAGGUACACCCCGGAGAAGACGGACCGUCGGCUGCACUGGAGGAAGGGCUUCAUGCAGGGCCGUGUCAGCAGGCCAGAGAAGGAGGAGAAGGAGGAGAUCUACAGAGAGCAGUGGCCAGCCUACCUAAGGCAGCUGCAGGGCAGGUACUCAGCAGGUACCAUUGAUGCCCUGGAAAUGAUGGAUGAUGACAAGGUGGACCUGGACCUUGUGGCAGCACUGAUCAGACACAUCGUGCUGGAAGAGGAGGAUGGUGCAAUUCUGGUGUUUCUGCCAGGCUGGGAUAACAUCAGCACUUUGCAUGAGAUCUUGAUGUCUCAAGUCAUGUUUAAGUCAGAUAGGUUUAUUAUCAUACCUUUGCAUUCACUGAUGCCUACUGUUAACCAGACUCAGGUGUUCAAGAAGACCCCACCAGGAGUGAGGAAAAUCGUGAUUGCAACCAACAUUGCAGAGACCAGCAUCACAAUCGAUGACGUGGUGUUCGUGAUAGAUGGGGGGAAAAUAAAGGAGACUCACUUUGACACCCAGAACAACAUCAGCACCAUGGCAGCAGAGUGGGUCAGCAAAGCCAAUGCCAAGCAGAGGAAGGGUCGAGCAGGAAGAGUUCAGCCAGGCCACUGUUACCACCUGUACAAUGGGCUGCGUGCCAGCCUGCUGGAUGAUUAUCAGUUACCAGAGAUCCUGAGGACACCCUUGGAAGAGCUCUGCUUACAAAUCAAGAUCCUGAAGCUUGGUGGAAUUGCCUAUUUCCUGAGCAAGCUGAUGGACCCCCCAUCUCGUGAUGCUGUGACAUUGGCCAUAAAUCACCUCAUGGAGCUGAAUGCUCUGGACAGGCAGGAGGAGCUGACUCCCCUGGGCGUGCACCUGGCACGGCUGCCUGUGGAGCCACACAUCGGGAAGAUGAUCCUGUUUGGAGCCUUGUUCUGCUGCCUGGACCCUGUGCUGACCAUUGCAGCCAGCCUCAGCUUCAAGGACCCUUUUGUCAUCCCUCUGGGCAAAGAGAAAAUCGCAGAUGCAAGAAGAAAGGAGCUGUCAAAGAACUCAAAAAGUGACCAUCUGACUGUGGUGAAUGCUUUCACUGGCUGGGAAGAGGCUCGGAGCUGUGGUUUCAGGAAUGAGAAGGACUAUUGCUGGGAAUAUUUCCUGUCCUCAAAUACCAUGCAGAUGCUGCAUAACAUGAAAGGGCAGUUUGCUGAGCAUCUCCUUGCAGCUGGAUUUGUGAACAGCAGAAACCCUAAGGAUCCCAAAUCUAACACCAACUCAGGUAAUGAGAAGCUGCUCAAAGCAGUCAUCUGUGCUGGCCUCUAUCCCAAAGUGGCAAAGAUCCGGCCCAGCUUCAGCAAAAAGAGGAAAAUGGUGAAGGUUUGCACCAAGACAGAUGGAUCAGUUAAUAUCCAUCCCAAAUCAGUGAAUGUGGAGGAAACAGAGUUCCAUUAUAACUGGCUCGUGUACCAUUUGAAGAUGAGGACCAGCAGUAUUUACCUGUAUGAUUGUACAGAGGUGUCUCCAUACUGCCUCUUGUUCUUUGGAGGGGAUAUAUCCAUUCAGAAGGACAAGGACCAGGACACCAUCGCUGUGGAUGAGUGGAUUGUUUUCCAGUCUCCAGAAAAAAUAGCAAACUUGGUCAAGAAACUGAGGCAGGAGCUUGACGACCUUCUCCAGGAGAAGAUCGAGCGGCCGCGCCCCGUGGACUGGGCGGCGGUGCGGAGCCGGGACACGGCGCUGCUGAGCGCCAUCAUCGACCUCAUCACCACGCAGGAGAACGCGGCCGCGCGCAACUUCGCGCCGCGCUUCCAGGGGGAGCGCUGCAGCUGAGAGCCCCGCGGGCCGGCUCGGUGCCUGGGGAGCAAGGUGUGGGGGGAGCUGGGCUCCUCAGGCACUGCCAGAGCUCAGCUCUGCCUGGGGAGCAAGGUGUGGGGGGAGCUGGGCUCCUCAGG